UGUGGUUUUAGAAGUGAAUCCACUCUUCAGACUGGUUGGACCUGUAGGUUUAAGGUGUCAUAACUCCACCAGAAAUGUCCGCAAAAGGCAUUAGUACCGAAAUUUUGGACUGUCUGCAGAGUCUGAGGAAGGAGGACUUUGACAGUUUCGUCUUCAGGCUGAAGGACCGGAGAGAAGAACCGCGAAUCCGAGGCAGUAAAGUGGACCGGAAAAGCCGCGUGGUGGUCACAGAGGUCCUGGUGUCCACCUUCACCGAGAGCCGAGCCCUGGAGGUGACCGUGGACAUACUGAGGGGGAUGGGCUGCAACCAGGAGGCGGACGACCUGGAAUCAGGAACCAAAGCGCCUCUAGAUAAGGGCAACCCUACUUUCUGUAGAACGCCAAAUGGGAAUUUAGAGAUCAUUCGUUCACAGGAGGCUCAGGAUGUCUCAUCUCAACUGCAGGCACUACGAAAUUUUAAACUUCCGGCAAAGAAACCAGAGGAGGUGGAGGCAGAGGCCAAGGAGAUGGUGAAAUCUGAAGGUGGAGAUCCCUUUGAUAAAAGACUGGUCCUGAGCCGAUUCAUGAUUCAGUUUGGCCAGUACCGGGAUCAAACCUUUAAAUGGCUGUUGGAAAAUGAUGUGGAUUAUGUUGCAAUGAUUCUGGCCCUACACCGAAGGGAGAGAGAGGACGGAUCCAAGAAUCAGCAUCCAGUAAUGGCGAAUAAGGAUUCCUUGGCUAGAUACGCAGCCUGUUAUCCUGACUUUGUGGAGCUCAUCAACCUGCACUAUGAAGGACAGGCUCUCAUUGGCUUUGGAAAAUUCGAGGAUAUCACUCUGCAGGAUCUGUACGACUCGACUGAUGAGGAAAAAGUCAGCUAUGUCAACUUCCUCCGAAGAAUGGAGGAUGACUGCAUUCCACGCUCCAAAAUGGACGUCGCUAUUAGGUAUAUUUUGCGCCGUGACCAAGAGAGGCCUGCUGUUAUGUACAGACUACCCACCAGUGGCACUCAACCUUCCGGCCCACAGACAACGACCAAAAGGAAGAGAGGAGGGGAAUCCUGGAAUGCGCCGCUGAAAAGGGGCAGACAGUGGAAUUGGUGAAGGCCAACCUGCAGCCUCGCUCUAGGAGAAGAAGAAACAUCAUGCAUUUCUAGGGUACACAUUUAUCAGGCGCAGUGUAGCAAACCUGGCUGGUUUCUCAAAUACAUUUUCUUUAGUGUUCUGUCAGACUUCUUACAGUGUUACGUCUUUUUAGUCCAAAGGUCCAAAGGGUCCGAUGGACUAUUGGUAUCAGUUGUCAUCUGUCCGUUGUCCAUCAAUAAACAAUUUUUUUAGAAUCUUCUCCGAAAUAGUUAGUCAGAAUGACUUUAUAUCUGUCGUGGAACAUCGAUGGGGUAAGGCCUAUCAAGUUUGUUCAGACAAUUGGAAAAUAUUGAUUUUUGAAUGUUUUAUGAAUUUUGAAAAUUUUAAAAAUCCCCAUUGUUUUAUAAUGGGACAGAUUUCAAAGUGCUGUAACUUGAAAACAGUUGAAGAUAUUGAUAUAAUUACUAUUGGUAAUAGAUAGGAAGUCACGUAUGGGCUUUCAGUUGGUGCCAUGACCUGUGACCUUGAAAAGUCAAAUGGAUGUAAAUGAAUGUCAGUUAAUGUCUUUAAAUUUGUUUUUGUUCUCCAGGACACUUGGUCCUAUUGUUUUAAUAAAGAAGUUAA